AUGGAUAAAAAUGAGUAAGACUCCUUAUUGGAAAUAUCAGAAUCAGAUAGAUAAACUAAUUUAUUACUCUCAAAUAAUUUGACUGAAAUAUUUUCUUCUGAUUACUAUAGCAAAUUUAAAUAUAGCACCAAUAUUAAUGAACCUUCAAUGACUAUGUCUAGAGUUUCAUAAAUAGAUAAAAUAUCAGAAGACAACUCUAAUACAACUCAUUUAAAAAUCAUUCACAUCUCUGAGAGAUUGACAUUUGAAAUCCAUAGAAAUCAAGUAUCUUCUAUUUAUUAUAAAGCUGUUAGAAAAUAAAAUAACUUCAUUGGAAAAAAUAAUUAAAGAAUAAUAGGAACAAUUAGACUCAAAAGAGCUAAAACUAAAAGACAUUCUUCAAUUAAAUCUAAAAUUAUAAAUUUAAAUAAACAAAGAGUAAGAAAAGUGUAAAUAAUAUAUAAAGUAAAACAAAGAACUUAAAUUUAUUAUCAAGUAUUAUCUUAUUUAUUUUAGUUCCCUCUAAAAUCCAAAAAGCAUUUCAGAAUUUAAAACUGAAACUUUGCAAUCCUCAUUAGAAUGUCCUUCCAUUAGACCUAUAUCUCAAACAAGAGGAAAAAGAGCAUAAAAUAAUUCUCAUUCUAAUUCAUCAUCAAAAGCAAUAUUUACUAAAAUGCUUACAGAGGAUUCAUAAAUGAAUUUGAGCGAAAAAAUCAAAGAGGCACUCUCUUUUUUAAAUACAAAAGUCGACUGCUAAUAGAAAGAUAAAACUAAUAUUGAUAAAUCUAAAUAUUAUAGAUCCCAAUCUAAUUUUUGGUCGAGUUUUACUACUUCUCCAAUUCCGGGAAGAAGCAAUCAUACUUAAAAUAACAUUAGUCUAAAUAAAAUACAAAUUACUGAUAAAAAAUUAGACAAUGCUCUAAUAUUACUAAAAUCAAUCAAAUAAUAAUACAAUCAAUUUACAACCUCAAAGAAAGUAUGA